AUGAGUUUCUUUUCUCAUUUGUUCAUCGUCAGGUUGUCAGCACAUCCAUAUCGCCUCCCCAUUUGUAACAGCAGUGAAAGCAACACCACCCACCUGCAGGGGGACUUCUCCUCCUCAGCUGAGUUCUUUGUCUGUGUCGGUGUAUUUGGGUUUCUUUAUUGCACCACCACCCUGAUUCUCUACUUGGGGUUCCAGACUGUCUACCGUCAGACCAGCCGCGGACCCAUCACAGACCUGGUGGUGACUGCUGCCUUCGCUUUCCUGUGGCUUGUAUCCUCCUCAGCCUGGGGCAAAGGUCUGACCGAUGUAAAAUGGGCCACUAACCCCAAACAUUUAGUGGAGUCGUGCCAGUACUGUAAACCAGGAGAGUUUCCUCCUAUGGGACGCCUAAAUGCCUCUGUGAUUUUUGGUUUCUUGAACUUGAUCCUGUGGGCAGGGAACUGUUGGUUCAUCUACAAGGAGACACCGUUCCACAAAGAGCCCAUCCAAGCAGCCACCUCACAGGAAGGAGGAGCUCCUGGGCCUUAACCAGAUUAUGGCUUUAGGGCCUUAGAAGUUUCCGUUUUUCCCAUACAGAAACACGUUCUGUACAAUCGUCCUCAUGUUAACCUGGUAAAGUGGAAACAAAAAGAAUAAGUUUGUCAUUAAUACCCCCGUUUGCUCUGAACCCAUAGCUUAAAAUAAUCCCUAAUAUUUAGGCAGCAUAUGCUGCCUAAAACAAUAAGUGCAAAUAUAAACUUAAAUGCUUUCACACUUUAUAUAACUUGAACUUUGGAUCUUUAUUGCUGUGAUGUAAAGAUUCAUUUAUGUUUUUCAGUAGACCUUUUUAAUGACGACCCUUUAAGGCACCUGGUGAUCAAAUAACAAACCGGCAGCAAAACUUCACAUUACCAAGUCUUUUUCUGUUUAAUGAAAACGUUGCGCUUGGAUGCCUCAGUAAACACUAAGACUUGUAUUUUUGCGUGAACCAUCUUUUGCUUAAUGCAGAGACAUUAUUUAUACCCAGUUCUUUUGUAUUUUUAUUAACAUUAAUCGGUC